CACAAUAUACUAGCACAAGUCACAGAAAGGAGACAGACACCUAUGACCUAUAUGUUUUUUCCUCUCUGUAUAAAAAAGAGGGUGUAAGAGCAACUCCAGCAGUAGCUAAAAAACAGAGCUCCUACUUUUCAUUUAGGUGCUUCCUCUACUUUUGGGUGCUCAAAAUUUUUGCUUCCACUCCAACAGUACCACCUAAAUGAAGGCCCCCAAAUCCAAACUGGCAGACAAUGACAUGUGGGACCCACUCGUCAUUGGGUCAAACAUUUCGCUACCGCAUGACCACAAGAAGGGGAGGCUCGACGCUCGCGAUAACCAUGGCUGGGGCUGCUCCCGCUCAUCGAGGAGAGGCCACUCUCACCGGAAGGGAUGGCGGCGAGGCCCAACGGUGGAGGUCGGAGGUGGAGGGAGGGAGCGCGGUAGUGAAAAUUAGCGCUGGAGGGAGAUGGGCGAAGCUGCGCUUGUUCGGUGUGAUGAGCUCGUCAGAGUUGAGGAUUACAUUUGUUUGUGGCUGCCAAUGGAGGAGAGCAGCAGUUCGUCGCCGUUGCUGGAGAAGAAGUACCAUCCGGGGUGCCCGGGCUGUGCUUACGACCAGAAGAAGGACCUCCAAGAGGGGAUUCCAUACAAGGAGUUCUUGUAUGUCUGGAUCAUCUGCCUUUGUGCUGCUUUGCCGGUGUCAUCACUAUUCCCUUUUUUGUAUUUCAUGAUAAGAGACUUGCAUGUUGCAAAAAGAACAGAAGAUAUUGGUUUCUAUGCUGGAUUUGUGGGCGCUUCAUUUAUGCUUGGUAGAUGCUUGACUUCAACUGCUUGGGGAAUAGCAGCAGAUCGUAUUGGGAGAAAGCCAGUAGUCAUGGUUGGCAUUUUGUCUGUGGUCAUAUUUAAUACCUUGUUUGGGCUUAGUGCUAGUUAUUGGAUGGCAAUAGCUACAAGAUUUCUCCUUGGUGCUUUAAAUGGUUUGCUUGGGCCAAUUAAAGCUUAUGCUAUUGAAAUUUGCCGACCUGAACAUGAAGCUCUGGGACUAUCACUUGUCAGCACCGCUUGGGGGAUAGGUCUAAUCAUUGGGCCUGCUCUUGGAGGCUACCUUGCAUUGCCUGCAGAAAAAUUUCACAUCUUUUCACCAGACUCAUUCUUUGGAAGGUUCCCGUAUUUCUUACCCUGCUUGUGCACAUCACUCUUUGCUACUGUUGUUCUUGCAAGCUGCAUAUGGAUGCCGGAGACACUACACAAGCAUAAAGUUCAUGAAAAUGAAAAUAAAAUAGUUGAAGCUCUGGAGUCCCCUCUGAUUGACUGUAAAGAGAAGGUUGAAAAAAAUUCUAGCUUGGAUGACAAGAAGAGUUUGUUCAAGAAUUGGCCACUGAUGUCAUCCAUAAUUAUGUAUUGUGUCUUCUCCUUUCAUGAUAUGGCUUAUACAGAGGUGUUCUCUUUAUGGGCUGAAAGUGACAAGAAAUAUGGUGGCCUUAGCUUAUCAUCUCAGGAUGUAGGUCAGGUGCUUUCACUAACAGGUGUCAGUCUUAUUAUAUAUCAACUCUCUCUAUAUCCUUGUAUUAAUAAAAUUCUUGGACCUAUCAUGUCUUCUCGAAUUGCAGCUAUUCUGUGUAUACCUCUUCUCUUUGCCUAUCCCUAUAUGACAUAUCUGUCAGGAACUGGACUAUCGAUCAUUCUGAAUAUUGCAUCGAUAUUAAAAAAUAAUCUUGGUGUUACUAUCGUCACAAGCACUUUCAUCCUUCAAAACAAUGCUGUGCCUCAAGACCAAAGAGGAGCUGCAAAUGGACUGUCCAUGAAAGUAAUGUCCUUAUUCAAGGCAGUCGCUCCUGCUGGGGCCGGCAUUGUGUUUUCUUGGGCACAGAAACGCCAGCAGGCUUUCUUCUUUCCAGGUGAUCAGAUGGUGUUCUUUCUCCUGAACGUCGUCGAGUUUCUUGGACUUGUGCUUACAUUGAAGCCCUUUAUGGCCAUGCCAGAGCAAUAUGAUAGAAAUUAGUUGCAGAAACAUUGGAUCAUUCACAUAUUUAGAUGGACUAGUCCUCCGGUAGCUAGUAAAGCAAAAGGGCUUAAGCAUGCCCUUCAACCAAACAGUUGGGGUUAUUCAUCAUGAAGAACGGAUGGAGAGUUGGCUGCUUUUAUUGUUGAUGAGUUUUUGUACUUUCGUUGGACUUAGAUGAAAAUUCUGUUUAUGACAAUUAUUGGUAUGUUAGCUAGUGGACUGAUGUGCACGUAUUGUGUGUGUGAUAUAUAUAUUGGUGGAGUCAAUGGCAAAUAAAUUACUUUUGGCUAUAGAGUAGAGAUUAAACUAAGGCUAGUCUCAGUGGGGAUAUCGUCAUGGGAGUUUCAUGGAAAUUAAAUAGGACAUCAGCAAAAAUAUAGUUUUUGGUCCAUAUUAACGAGGCAAGAGAAGGGAAACUUUUCAUGGCCACGAAACGAGUGAGUGUUGUUUUCAACUCGUUGGAAACUGGACGACAACCGCAUCAUCUCCUCCGAUCCCAUGCUCCUACCUACACGCGCGCCUCCGGCCUCUUCCUUCCUGCCUCCUCCCACCAUCUCCGUCUUCUUCGUUCCCAGGCUCAGUAUCAUCCUUUUCCCGCUCCCCUGCCCUUCCCCUCUGACCAUCUCCUCGUAGGCAGAUGGAUGCAACUUUGACAGUGACGUCGGCUCAGUGCGGCGUGGCUCUAGCAGAGAAGGAAAAGGGCACAGGGGCGAUGGGCUUAUUCCGCCCCUAUGAGCACAAUAAUCAUCCCUACAAGUCCUCGGCAGGUGUUGUCAGCUGCGAUGGGCUUAUUACGGAGGAGCACACGCAUUGGCUGCCAUGGUUCGAGGAGGUCCCCCAGCCUAUAGGGACCUCAGGAUUGUCUGCUUGCCAUACCAA